AUGCCUCACACCAAUGCCUUUCAACCCAAAAAUGCAAGAAUUGUCAAUACUUUUGACGAUGAUGACGAUCUGGACGACGCAAGCCUGUUUGGCUCCUCUAUCACAUCGUCUACUAAAAAGACGAGUGGCACACAGGCUCUGGCUGAUUUCUUAAACACAACCAGUCCAGAAGAGUUUCAGCGACCCAGUCCUGCAUCGACUGCUGCGCAAGAACAAGCGUCCUGCACCAUCGAUUUCCUCUACAGCAUCUACACCGGUCCCGACACCCACGACUACCAUAUCCACAGUGGGAGAUAUGCCAUCUGUGGCCCCAAAACAAAAGCAGCAGCAGCAGCAGCAGCAGGAUAA